AGCACGAGAUCUUCUCAGGAUCGCUUGUAAGGAACUUCACUUCAAAAAAACAAUAACCCCAGAAGAGAAACAACACUUUUGGAGACAUUUGUAGUGUAUCAGAUAUAUGAUAGAUGAAGAGAAUAAUCAAGAGUCUGACCGCUAAUUUGAGAAUUCCUCAUAAUUCAAUAAGGAAUAUUAAUAAAACAAUCAUGUCACGACAACUUCAAGCACGCAGAACUGUCAGUGUCUGUAAAAACGUUUGGAUUGAAUUCACACAACUGGCUGCAGACUACAAAGCAGUGAAUCUUGGACAGGGAUUUCCUGACUUCUCCCCUCCAGAAUUUGUCCAAGAGGCUUUUUGUAAAGCUGUGAGUGGAGGAUACCAAAUGCACCAGUAUACUCGGGCUUUUGGCCAUCCUCCUCUUGUAAAAAUUCUGGCUAAAUUCUUUGGCAGGAUCGUGGGACAUGAGAUUGAUCCUUUUGAAGACGUGCUGGUCACAGUUGGAGCUUAUCAGGCUCUCUUCUGUACAUUUCAAGCUCUGAUUGAUGAAGGGGAUGAGGUCAUAAUUGUUGAGCCGUUCUUUGACUGCUACCAGCCGAUGGUGAAGAUGGCCGGAGGAAAGGCCGUUUAUAUACCUCUGAGGCCGAAAGUUGAAGGAAGCACCGUCCUGUCAAGUGGAGACUGGGUUCUUUCUCCUGAGGAGCUGGCCAGUAAAUUCACUCCACGCACAAAAGCCAUCGUUAUCAACACUCCCAACAACCCACUGGGCAAGGUUUUCAAGAGAGAAGAGCUCCAAAUGAUCGCUGAUCUGUGUAUCAAACAUGAUGUGCUGUGCAUCAGUGAUGAGGUGUACGAGUGGCUGACUUAUGAUGGAAACAAGCAUGUGAAGAUAGCCAGCCUUCCUGGCAUGUGGGAACGAACCAUCACCAUUGGAAGUGCAGGAAAGACCUUCAGUGCUACUGGCUGGAAGGUUGGCUGGGUCAUCAGCUCUGGGCGUAACAUUCAACACAUGAAAAUCAUCCAUCAGAACUGUGUUUACCAUUGUCCUACAGCCGCUCAGGAGGCAGUAGCUCGUGGAUUUGAGAGAGAAUACGAGCUGUUUGGGACUCCAGAGAGCUACUUCCAGCAGCUGCCUGCGAUGUUGCACCAGAAGAGAGAGAAGCUGGCCUCAUGUCUGCAGAGUGUGGGUUUGCAGCCCAUCAUGCCAGAGGGAGGCUAUUUUAUGAUUUCAGACAUCUCGUCUGUCAAGGUGGACCUGAAUGACCAGAGCACUAAGGAUGAACCCUAUGACUUCAGAUUUGUUAAGUGGCUAACGAAGGAGAAGGGUUUAGCAACAAUCCCCGUCUCUGCAUUCUACAGUCCAGAGCACAGCACGGAGUUUGACAAAUACAUAAGAUUCUGCUUCAUCAAGGAGGACUCGACCCUGAAUGCAGCAGUGGACAUCUUAAGAAAGUGGGGUCAGACCCAGUAAAAUCAUCCACUCCAAGAACAAUUACCCGUCCAUCCACAUUUUACCUGGCUUUUUAAGCCUCCUCAGUUGAAAUGAGCCAUUUUCAGUGUUUCUGUGAGUCUUUAUGGCCUGUACUAACAGGCAAUGUCGUCCAGUGUUCUCCAUAUAAUAAUACAAGAACAAAUCCUUUUAAACUUCAUGUGCAAUAAUUUUAAGCAGAAAAUUGUAAUAAAGAUAUUAAUGAAUC